AUGGCGCCAUUGAUGCAUGAAGAUCCAUCGAUAGAAGGCGUUACCGCCGACGCGGACAAUCAUCAUGAGAGCGCGGCCGAGACAGUAUCUUCCCGCAAGAAGAUUGUCAUUGUAGGGCUUGGGAUGGUGGCUAUUUCAUUCAUUGAGAAGAUUAUGAAAUGGGAUGCCGAGCGAAACCAAUAUGAUAUCGUGGUGAUUGGCGAAGAACAACAUCUUGCAUAUAACCGGGUUGGAUUAUCGACCUUUUUCGAACAUCGAAAAAUCGAAGACCUAUAUUUGAACUCGCAAGAAUGGUACUCUUCCUUUACAGAUGGAUCUUUCAAUUAUCACUUGAACACACUCGUGACGGAAAUCGACUCGACGAAGAAACAAGUACAGACCUCAGCCGGAGACUGGAUACCCUAUGACUUGCUCAUUCUUGCAACCGGUUCCGAUGCGGUCCUUCCCGAGUCCACACCUGGCUACAACGCCAAUGGUGUUUUUGUAUAUAGAACAAUCGACGAUUUAGAACGAUUGAUCAAAUUCGCAUCUCAUCACAAAGGCGAAACCGGUGUUACAGUUGGUGGUGGUUUACUGGGUCUUGAAGCCGCCAAGGCGAUGACAGAUCUGCAAGAUUUUGGAAGCGUCAAGCUUGUUGAUAGGAACAAAUAUGUGCUUGCGCGACAGCUAGAUGCUGACGCAGGCUCACUCGUGACCGAAAAAAUCCGAGAGUUGGGCUUGGAUGUGAUGCACCAGAAGAAAGUUGCUCGGAUAGAAACAGACGAAGGAAACAAUGUGAUUGGUAUCACAUUUGAAGAUGGCGAGAAGAUCGACUGUUGCUGUAUCUGCUUUGCGAUUGGUGUCCGACCACGUGAUGAGUUGGGUGCUACAGCAGGAAUUGAAUGUGCUCCUCGUGGAGGGUUUGUCAUUAACGAAAGUCUCGAAACAUCGGUAUCAGAUAUCUACGCCAUCGGAGAGUGCGCCAGCUGGGAGAAUCAGACAUUCGGUAUUAUCGCCCCCGGUAUCGAAAUGGCAGAUGUGCUUUCUUAUAACCUCACACACCGUGGCGAAGUCCCAAAGAGAUUUCAUCGCCCAGAUUUGAGCACCAAACUCAAGUUGCUCGGCGUCGAUGUGGCCAGUUUUGGCGACUUCUUUGCAGACCGAGACGGACCCAAAUUCCUGCCUGGCCGACGAGUGUCAGCUGAACAUGUCAGACCUUUUGAAGCUUCAGAACAACGAAAGACAUCUACCAACAAAGUCAAGGCGCUGACUUACAAGGAUCCAUUCGGAGCUGUCUAUAAGAAAUAUCUCUUUACAAUGGAUGGAAAGUACCUACUGGGAGGUAUGAUGAUUGGUGAUACCAAAGAUUAUAUCAAACUGAACCAGAUGGUCAAGUCUCAAAAAGAGUUGGAUGUACCUCCAAGCCAAUUUAUUCUGGGUUCACAAACUGGGGGGGAGGAGAACGCCGACGAUCUGCCCGAUGACACUCAGAUUUGCUCUUGCCACAAUGUCACCAAAGGUGAUGUGGUAGAAAGCGUCAAAAAUGGCACUUGCUCGACGAUCGCACAAGUGAAAUCCUGCACGAAGGCUGGUACUGGUUGCGGAGGUUGUAUGCCUUUGGUGCAGUCUAUCUUCAACAAAACCAUGCUUGAAAUGGGCCAAGAGGUAUCCAACCACUUGUGCUCUCAUAUCCCACAUUCUCGUGCGGACUUGUAUAACAUCGUUGCCAUUAAGCAAUUAAAGACCUUCGAAGAGGUCAUGAAGGCAUGCGCAAAGAACCCAGAAUCUCUGGGAUGUGAACUCUGCAAACCUGCCAUCGGUUCCAUCUUGUCCAGUCUCUACAACCCUCAUCUUAUGGACAAACCAGUACACGAGCUUCAGGAUACCAACGAUAGGUUCUUGGCCAACAUCCAGCGCAACGGAACGUUUUCAGUCGUCCCCCGUGUUUCCGGUGGUGAGAUCACACCGGAGAAGCUUAUCACUAUCGGUCAGGUCGCGAAGAAGUACAACCUUUAUUGUAAGAUUACAGGCGGUCAGCGGAUUGACAUGUUUGGUGCCAAGAAGCAAGAUCUUCUGGCCAUUUGGACUGAAUUAGUGGAAGGCGGCAUGGAAAGUGGUCACGCUUACGCCAAAUCACUCCGAACCGUCAAGAGUUGUGUCGGAACUACUUGGUGCCGAUUCGGUGUUGGCGACAGUGUUGGUAUGGCUAUCCGUCUUGAGGAGCGAUACAAAAGUAUCCGAGGUCCCCACAAAUUCAAGGGCGGUGUUUCUGGCUGUGUCAGAGAGUGUGCAGAAGCGCAAAGCAAAGAUUUUGGUCUUAUUGCUACUGACAAAGGCUUCAAUAUCUUCGUUGGGGGUAAUGGAGGGGCAAAGCCAAGACACGCCGAACUCCUCGCCAAAGACGUCCCUCCAGAAGAAGUUGUCCCCAUUCUCGACCGUUUCCUCAUUUUCUACAUUCGUACGGCCGACAAACUACAACGAACGGCACGAUGGGUUGAAAAUCUUCCCGGUGGACUCAAGUACUUACAAGAGGUUAUCGUGGAAGACAAACUUGGCAUAUGCGCAGAUAUGGAGCGGCAAAUGGAAGAGCUUGUGGGCAGCUUUUUCUGCGAGUGGACAGAAACCAUCAACAACCCUGAACGACGCAAGUACUUUGAGCAAUUCGGCAACACCGAGGAGACCGUCGAGACCGUCGAAGUCAUCAAGGAACGUCACCAGAGCAGACCUGCAUACUGGCCCAAAGAUGGCGCAGAGGUUGACUUCAAGGGCCACCAAUGGUCCAGCCUAUCAUGGCAGCCAAUAAUUCAGGCUAGCCACUUCAGCGUCUCCAAACCCGAGGUCUCUUCUACCAACAUCAAGCGGGGCGACACACAAUUGGCCAUCUUCAAGAUCAAAGGCAAAUACUACGCAACACAACAAAUGUGUCCUCACAAGCGUGCAUUCGUACUUUCUGAUGGUCUCAUUGGUGAUGACGACGCCGGUAAAUACUGGGUUUCCUGCCCAUACCACAAACGCAACUACGACUUGAACGGCGAACAAGCCGGUCGGUGCUCGAACGAUGAGAGUAUGAACAUUGCUACUUUCCCCGCUGAAGAGCGUGAAGACGGCUGGGUAUACCUCAAACUACCCCCUACUGAAGAAUUGGACGCUCUUCUUGGAACGGAGAAGUGGAAGAUCAAGAGCACUGAAUCCGAAGACCCGUUUGAGAAGGUUGACAGGAUCUACAAGGGUACGAGGGGGGAGAAGAUUGGAGAUGUCAAAGUUGCCCCAAAGGAGGUCUCUUGCGGUGGCGCUGGUAGCAACAUCGACUGGUGA